AGGGAGAAAGAAAGGAAGGAGGAGGCUACACCCAUUGGGUUGCUUUCCAGGCCAAAUUCCUUGGAUGGGAAGAGAGAGGGAGCGGGUCCAAGCAGCAUUCCUCUUUCUUCUGCCUGAGUUGGGAAAACAGAUCCACGAGACUGGAGUGUGCACUGAGCAGGGAAAGAGGAGCAGUGCCUGAAUCCUGUGAUGACCUGGGAGGAAGCCAAGGGCUGGUGAGAAUCCACCUUUGCAGCAGGAGCAGCAGUUGGGCUUCAGUUGGGAAUCAGAACCGCGACUGAACAGCGCCUUGGCCAGCCAUGGGCUCGGAGGCCAGCCAGCCAUGGGGCUCUCCCCGAAGGCAGAGCCCAGCUAAAGACGAGGGGGAAGAGGAAGAAGAAGAAGAAGGAGAAGAGGAGGAGGAGGAGGAGGAGGAGGAAGAAGAAGCGGUCCGGAUCCUUUCCCCACCGACGCCUGAUUCGGAUUUGGCGCUCCUGGAGAAGAUCCUGGAGGAAUGGGGCAGCGGCGAGGAAGAGGCGCUCCCCACCCCAUGGCCAGCUUCGCCUCUUCUGCGCCUCGACGCCGGAGACGCUUCCUGCCCCCGCCCGCCAGGGGGCGCGCCAGAGCACAGACAGGAGCCCCCAGUCUCUCCAGCAAGAUCGAGCCCAGGGAGCAGCAUCUUCGCCAACCAGGUCCCACUCAAGAAUCCUGACAGAACAACCAAAAUCACUUAUGAUUACUCUGAAGAGGAGCUGAUGGCAUCAAUAGAGCAGGAAUACUGCCGCUGAAACCAGGCCAGGCAGUACCACCUUGACCCUAUGCAGCAGAAUAUAUUUACAUGGCAGCUUUUCUCAGAAAAUUGGACAAAGGAAGGAAAGUCACACUGAGCAAGAGGGGCUGCUGUUGCUGGCAGAUAGACUGGUGGGAUCUUUCUUCUGUUAACAAGUUGACACCAAAAAAUGGCAUCCAUGGGACUCUGCAACAGUAUUUGACCAGCCACAAGUUAUAUGUGUGUGACAAGGAGAGACCUCCAAAACCAACACGCACAGAUGUUUAGGAGUUUAGCUGAUUUCAUACACUUUAUAAAACAAAAGAAACAACAGUUUUGUUCUCAACGUCUUAAAAGGUGUGCCUCAAUGGGCCACAGUUCUUGCUUUGGACUGGAGUGCCUAUAGGAAGAGAGUGGCUUCUCUUCCUGAGAAAUAUGGGCCUGUUCAGCCACAGGAUACCAAUCUGCAUAUUAAAAUGUAUAUGGCUUUAAAACAUU